AUGCCUCGCCAUAUCCUCCUGAUCAACGGGCCCAACCUCAACCUGCUCGGGACCCGCGAGCCGCAUAUCUACGGCUCUACCACGCUGACCGACGUGGAAGACGCAGCCAAAGCCCAGGCCGAGGGGUUGUCGGCAACCCUGGCCUCCUUCCAGUCCAACUCGGAGGGUGCCAUCGUGGACCGCAUCCAGGCUGCACGAGGCAACACCGAUGCGAUUGUCAUCAACGCGGGGGCCUACACCCACACCAGCGUCGCCAUCAGGGAUGCCCUGGCCGGCGUCGACAUUCCCUUCGUCGAGAUCCACAUCUCAAAUGUCCAUACGCGAGAGGCCUUCAGACACCACAGUUACCUGUGCGACAAGGCCGAGGCCGUCAUCUGCGGCUUGGGAGUGUUUGGGUACAUAGCUGCGAUUGAGUAUGCGGCCAAGCACUUGAAGCUGAGGGGGAGAGCGAAAUUGUAA